AAGAGCCGUGUCAGAUACAAGGACGAAAUCCUCCAUCAUUCUGUGGAAGUUCUAUAUUCAAUUCGAAGCACAGCAAGGAAAUACAGAGAGAGCCUACAACUUGUUUUAUAGGUCGAUUCGUGAAUGUCCUUGGUCAAAAGAACUUUAUCUUAUUGGAAUUCAAGCGUUUGAAAAGACAAUGAAACAAUCCGAAAAGAAUGAAUUGGUUAGUCUGAUGAUGGAAAAAGAAAUCAGACUUCGACACCCAAUUGAGGAUGAUUUAUUGGCUUAGAGAUAAGUUGUCAACCAUGGAUAAAUAAGGGGAAUGCUGCGAAUAAUAAACCUUUUUUGUUCCUUUCUUUCCUUUUCUUGUUUUUUCCCCCAUUAAAUAAUUAUGCUGGGCCGCAGAAAUACAGUGAAUUUAUCCCAAGGCGAAUGGCCAUUAUGUCGCUACUAUUAUACACAUAACAAUGGUAGCUGCGAUGACAUAUUAUUGUUUCCAAAAGAAAUUGCUAAAAGACGAGAGACCAGAAAGAGACUAUCACCGAUCUGUAAAAAAAGAAGGCACACUUAUCCUGUCGUAUUUUUCGAUCAAAAGAUACUCCAACCACGUUCGGGAAAAAUCACUCGAAGAUGGUCCACCAUUCGUACUACCAAUAAACGGCAGACAUUAGCCGACAUCCUUUCUAGUAUGGCCCGUGCUGACAACAUUCUAAAAUCUGGCAGUAACAAAAUCCUCAAUGAAAAGUGGGAACUAAUGCGCUCAUACAGAGGAUUAGAUUCCGAAAAGACCGAACAGCCAGCUACGGAUAGUAAUAAUGGUCAAAGUAGCCAUCCUACGGUAGAUCAGCCUGUAUUGAUUAUAGAGAUGCCAACAGGAACCACAGCGACACUAUUAGAUAGCAGUAUACAUAUCAGCAGCUCACUGGUAGCCAACCCACCCACAUCUCUUGCUGGACAGGAGACGGGUCACAGUUCUAUCGAUAUGGGCUCUCCUGAGCCAAUAACGCCACUCCCCACUCCUCCUUCGCCGCCUAAGGAAUCACUGGUCGACGUUUUUUUAUUUUUAUUUGGCUUUGUAAUUUUCCCAUUGUGGUGGGUAGGUGCUUGGUUUUACGUGAUCCAAAAACAAGAUGGCGUCACAAAGAGACGUGAAGUCUUCCAGCUUUUGAACUGUUGUAUGAGUCUAGUAAGCUUACUAUUGAUCGGUCUAAUGAUUGGUUUAACCGUGGGCAUGAACACAUGACCGUGAGAUAAUUCCAACCAGUGUUAUACCUGUAUUCUGUAAUAUUUUUCUUUCUCUUUUCCUCCCUUGUUGUUCGAUAAUAAUAGUAAUAAAUAUGGGUCUUUAUUCAGCCAUUGUACCAAGAGCUACAGCUGCUUUCAAAAAACA